AUGUUUAUAGAAACAAACAUAGCAAAGAGUGUAUUAAAAUGUAUUAAAAACAAUGGUUGCGUUGUUGUCACCGGAAGUUCGGGAACAGGAAAAUCAUCAUUAGUGCGUCAUGUUGCUUUACGAAUGCAAGAAGGGGACUAUGAUGUUUUACCGAUAACAAGCCCUAAAGAAAUCAUCAAGUGGUACAAUUCAAGUAAGAAAAUCCUAUUUGUUGUUGAUGACUUUUGUGGAACCUAUACCAUUAAUCCUACAAAGUUGGAAAACUGGAAAACUCUGAUAGAAACAAUUAAUACAUUACUAGAAAAGAAACCAGUCAAAUUAAUCAUGUCUUGUAGACUUCAGGUUUUCAAGGAUGCAAAAAUUAAAUCUUUAUCGUUUUAUCAAUCAUGUGAAUGCAAUCUUUUAUCUGAAGAUAUGCGUUUAUCUAAAACCGAAAAACAAUCUAUUGCAGAGCUUUACUUGAAAUCAAACGCCUCCAAGAUCAAGGAAUUUUAUGACAUGUUUGACUGUUUUCCUCUUUUAUGUCAAUUAUACAGCAAAAACGCAAAUUUGAGAAUGGUAGAUUUCUUUAGGAGUCCAUAUACAGUUUACAAAGACGAGAUAGAUAAAUUACAGAAGGAAGGAGCACAUGCGAAAUACUGUGCACUUGCUCUAUGUGUCAUGUUUAACAAUCGUUUACAAGAAGAGUUGCUCACAGAAGAUGUCGAUAAAGAUAUCGAAUCAAUUAUACAGAACACAUAUGAAGCUUGUAAAGUAAUGAAAGGAACAUCUCGAUUGGUACUUCGUGAUGAGCUGGAUUCACUAACUCAUACUUUUAUCCGAAAGGAUGGAGAAGUGUAUAGAACUAUUCAUGACAAGCUGUUUGACUUUCUUGCUUUUUAUUUUGGCAGUACAAUGAUUUACUGCUUAAUUAAGAAUGCUUCAAGUCAGUUCAUUCGUAAAAGGUUUGUUUUUCAAAAAAAAGGCAAGAGAGAUGCAUAUUUAAUAGCUGUAUCAGAAAGAUAUCAGCAAAGUUAUAUCAAUAGAUUGGUAGACGACUGGUUAAGAGGAAAGGUAGUAGAUGUCUUCUGUAACAUCAAUAUGGACGAUCAAAUCUUCAGACAAAGAAUACUUGUACACUUAAAAGAUAUAGAAAUAUCACAACAGAAGGAACUGGCUAGUCUACACGACACAUAUUACAAAACCACUGCAUUAACAUUGUGUUGUUAUAAAGGAGAUAUUGAUAUGGUUACAUGGUGUUUAUAUCAUUGUAACAGUAUUGUAAACCAUUGUCCUAAAGAUGGAGUAUCACCUCUGUAUUGUGCUUGUCAGGAAGGUCAUACUGAAGUAGUACAGAUGUUAAUAAACAAUAAGGCUGACAUCAAUAAGUGUAGAGAUAAUGGAGUAUCACCUCUGUACAUUGCUUGUGAGAAUGGACAUACUGAAGUAGUACAGGUCUUAAUAAGCAAUAAGGCUGACUCCAAUAAGUGUAGAGAUAAUGGUGCAUCACCUCUGAGCAUUGGUUGCCAGCAAGGACAUACUGAAGUAGUGGAAAUGUUAAUAAACAAAAAGGCUGACAUCAAUAAGUGUAAUGAUAAAGAAAUAUCACCUCUGUUUAUUGCUUGUCAGAAUGGACAUACUGAAGUAGUACAGAUGUUAAUAAACAAUAAAGCUGACAUUAAUAAGUGUAAAGGAACAGGCGUAUCCCCUCUUUGUGUAGCUUGUUAUAAAGGUCAUAUAGAGAUUGUUAAAUUGUUAUUAAAACAUAAAGCAGAUUGUAACAUUAAAUUAAGAGGACUAAAACCACUAGAUAUUGCAAGAAGAGAAAAUCAUAUAAAGAUUGUACAUUUAUUAGAAAAAAAACAAAAUAUGCAUUAG